AUUUUGAGGAUAUAUUACUUUCGGUGAAAGUUUGUCCAACAUAAAAUUUAUAUAAAAAAAAUAUUCCAAGACCGACAUUCAUUAUUGUCAGGCCCGUACCGGACGAACGGGCCCUACGAGAGAUACACGAAGGGUUUUCGAUAUUUAUUUUUUUGUGAACGAAGGAUCUUUAAUAAAUUUUCGUCAUUCAUUGGGUCAGUUCGUUCACAAAUAUUGUUAAUUGUGAUCGAGUGUGAUGAGUGUGACGAGGAGUUUAACUCUAAUUACUUAUCAGAAUAAAAAAAAUAUUGAAAAGUGAUUUUUUUGUUCAAAUGAUAAAGCAAUACGAUUUGCAGAGCUACUUGUGACGAUGGGUUCAAUUAAAAAAAAAAAACUCUCACAUAAAUAUCAACACCUACAUGUAUACAUCAUCAUCACAUUACAUGUUUGGCUGUUUUCGGUGAACGGAUUGCGAAAAAGAAAUUUCAUUUCAGUGUGUGUCAGAUGGUCAUCCAACAAGGUAUAAUCGCACAAAGCAAAAGACAGAAAAAUAUAUCGAACCUCUGAGAACAGUUGGAUGGUUUUCAACAUUUCAUUUGUUUUUUGCAUUUUAAAUAUUAUCGUUACAAACUCGCGGUCAGCCUAAAAAUGAUCAAGCAAAUUAGUACCUUGAUUCUGGCACCAUUUAUGUUUUUUGUUACGAAAUCGUUGUGCCUGUUCUAUAGUUCUUUAGCAGUUGUGUAUUUAGUCAUAAAAUUCCUGAAAUAUGAUCCAAAGUUCUGGAAUCCAAAAGUGCGAACACAUCCUCCGGCAUGUCUAUCGAAUCCAGAGUUUGGAACGCAUAACUACAUUCGAGUGAACGGCAUCAAACUGCAUUACGUUGAAAAAGGCGACAAAUCUAAACCGUUGAUGCUAUUCGUUCAUGGCUUCCCAGAAUUCUGGUAUUCUUGGAGAUUUCAGCUCAAAGAAUUCUCCAACGAUUAUUGGUGCGUUGCUAUAGACAUGCGAGGAUAUGGCGAUUCAGAUAAACCGGAAGGUAUCUCAUCCUACGAAGUUGAUCAACUAAGCGACGACAUCAAAUCCGUGAUCAAAGAAUUGGGUCGCGAAAAAUGCUAUUUGAUUUGUCAUGAUUGGGGCGCAGUUGUUGGAUGGAAUUUCGUUCAAAACAAUAUGAACAUGGUCGAAAAGUAUGUGAUGAUGGGUGCACCGUCGGCACAAGCGUGGCGUAAAGUUAUAAUGAGCUCAGAAUUUUGGGACCAAUUCAAGAAGUCUUGGUACAUUUUCUAUUUUCAAAUGCCACGUCUGCCCGAGUUUACUAUCAGCUUGAACGACUUUGCUGUCUUCAAAGCCGUUGGAAGCAAACAGAAAUCGGACACUUACACCGAUGAGGAUAUGGAAGCGUAUAAAUAUACAUUCUCGAGACCAGGUGCACUCACUCCGCCCAUCAACUAUUACCGUGCAAACAUCAGCUUUCACAAAAUGCCGAAAUUGACGACACCAACGACAUUUGCGUCAGGUCUUUAUCUCCUUGGCGAAGAUGAUCUUUACAUAUCGAAAGCUACUGGCGCAGAGCUUCAAAAGUUUUUCAAAAAUUUGCAGUACGAGGUCGUUCCGGGAACGAAUCAUUUUCUUCAACAAGAUGCCCCAGAGAAAACCAAUGCCAUAAUCAGAAAAUUCCUGAAAUCUUAGUAAUGUUUUACUGUUUAACUGUUUUGUUCCUUCCAAGUAUUUUUAUAAUGUUGUCAAUUUGUUGUACGUACGUUUUUAUUGUCGAUAUAACAAGCACAAAAAAUCAAAAAAAAAUCGUAAAAUAGAUUUGGAAAUCGAAAUGCUAGUAACAAAACCGCAAAAUCCAUCAUAGUAUUAGAGAAUAGAGUUCUUGAUUUCCUUAAAAAAA